AUGCCUUUCUUCAUGGAGUUUCUCAACGAAGAGGCCGAUUCUUCAUUGUUUGUCUAUCAUUCUUCACUUGGGACUGUUUAUUUACUUCUUUAUGUUGAUGAUAUGGUUAUCACUGGAAGUAAUCCUUCUAUGAUUCAAUCUAUUAUUACUCGUCUUUCCAAGGAAUUUUCCAUGAAGGAUUUGGGUGAUAUUCAUUACUUUCUCGACGUUGAAGUCCAAGCUAAUGAGAAGGGUUUGUCUCUCAGUCAAACGAAAUAUGCUCUUGAUCUCUUGCAACGUGCUUCCAUGCUUGAUGCGAAGCCCAUUUCCACACCAUUUUUCGUUGCCGCUCUUCAAUACUUGAUUAUCACUAGGCCAGAUUUGUCCUUCGGUGUAAAUUCCAUUUGUCAGUUCAUGCAUGCCCUCAUAGAGGAUCACUUUUGUGUUCUCAAGCGUAUUCUACGAUAUGUUAAAGGCACUCCUCAUUAUGGACUUCAACUUCAUAAACAGUCGAUUCGUGAUCUUCUUGCCUACUCUGAUGCGGAUUGGGCUAGAUGUCCUGAUAUACGUCGCUUUACUACUGGCUAUGCUAUAUUUUUUGGUGCCAAUUUAGUCUAUUGGUCCUCUAAGAAACAAAGCAUUGUCUCUCAUUCAAGUGCUAAAGUCGAGUAUCGCUCCUUAGCUGUUGCCACGACUAAUAUUGCCUGGAUUAUUCAACUAUUUCGGGACCUUCAUGUUACACCCUCAGCGCUACCUAAAAUUCUUUGCGACAAUAAAAGUGCAAUCUUUAUGGUUGUCAAUCCAGUUACUCGUCCUCGGUCAAAACAUAUUGCAAUCGACUACCAUUUUUUUCGUGAACUUGUUGCUAAUGGCACUUUGAAAGUUGAAUUUGUUCUUUCACAUCUGCAGCUUGCUGACUCGUUGACCAAAGGCAUCACUAAGCCCCAGUUCUUUCUUUUUCAAAGUAAGCUUAGCGUUACCCCUUCUAACAUGCUCAACUUGAAGGGGGGUGAUAAGGAAGAAGCUUAUGAUCCUCCAUAA